AUGGAAAACGAGCAAGAAGACUAGAAGACUUGUCGAGUUCUCUCUCUCUCUAUGCGGAGCUCAUAGCCAAUUUCCUCCUCUCACUUUCUUCUUCGUCUUCUUACUCGACUUGGGUUUUUUUCUUCUUCUUCUGUUCAGUUCUUUUCGAUUCGAUCUGUUUUCUGCUACUUCAAUUGGCGAUGAGGACUUGACACAUCGGAAUCGCCGUGUUUUGACCUCUUGAUCGAGAUUCUAUUAGGCGGCUGCCAACCUAGUAUCGGUGAUGCUAAAGAUAUAGAGGGAAUUAAAGGGCUUCUCUUUUCAGUGGAAAAAUGUUGGAGGGUGGUCAAAAAUUCACUGGAAUGAUCGAUUUAAACGAGCAUGCAUAUGAUCUAUCGCAAGGGUUUUACCAUAAACUUGGUGAGGGAACCAACAUGUCUAUUGACAGCUUUGCAAGCUUGCAAACAAGCAAUGAUGGAGGGUCGGUUGCCAUGUCUUUAGAUAACAGCAGUGUAGGAUCAAAUGAAUCCCAUACUCGCAUCCUAAAUCACCAAGGCUUGCGACGGCGUGCAAACGACAAUUAUACUGUUCAGCAGAGCAUUAACCGUCGUGGAAGAGUUACACAUCACCUGAGUGAUGAUGCACUAGCCCGAGCCCUAUUUGAUAGUAAUACACCCACCCAGGGUCUUGAAAAUUUCGAGAAGUGGACUCUUGAUUUAAGGAAACUUAAUAUGGGAGAGGCUUUUGCUCAAGGUGCUUUUGGAAAACUCUACAGAGGUACUUAUGAUGGCGAAGAUGUUGCUAUCAAGAUCUUGGAGAGGCCAGAGAAUGACCUGGAAAAGGCUCAGUUAAUGGAGCAACAAUAUCAGCAGGAGGUGAUGAUGCUUGCUACUUUGAAGCAUCCAAAUAUUGUCCGGUUUAUUGGCUCAUGUCAUAAGCCGAUGGUUUGGUGCAUUGUUACCGAAUAUGCAAAGGGUGGUUCGGUCAGGCAGUUCUUAAUGAAGCGACAAAGUCGCUCUGUCCCUCUGAAAUUAGCUGUCAAGCAAGCUUUGGAUGUUGCCAGGGGGAUGGAAUAUGUUCACGGCCUUGGGUUGAUCCACAGGGACCUGAAAUCGGACAACCUUUUGAUUUUUGGAGAUAAGUCUAUCAAGGUUGCUGACUUUGGGGUGGCCCGAAUUGAGGUGCAGACAGAGGGAAUGACACCCGAGACGGGAACCUACCGCUGGAUGGCUCCGGAGAUGAUCCAACACAGGCCUUACACCCAGAAGGUGGACUUGUACAGCUUUGGCAUUGUUCUCUGGGAGCUCAUCACUGGAAUGCUUCCAUUCCAGAACAUGACAGCCGUGCAAGCCGCUUUUGCGGUCGUCAACAAGGGAGUCCGUCCUAUAAUACCUAAUGACUGCUUACCUGUUUUGAGCGACAUCAUGACCCGGUGCUGGGAUGCCAACCCUGAUGUUAGGCCAUCGUUUACCGAGGUCGUCCGGAUGCUCGAGAAUGCACAGACUGAGAUCAUGACAACCGUCCGUAAGGCCCGCUUCAGGUGUUGCAUCACGCAGCCAAUGACAACAGACUGAUACUAAGUUUAAAAAACAAAAAACUGAACACAUUGGAAACGUUAAGAUCAAUAAGGAGGGAGAGAGAGAGAGAGAGAGAGAGAGAGAGAGAGAGAGAGAGAGAGAGGGAGAGAGAUGAAGAAGAAACUGGAAAAAGGAGGAGAAGAAGAGGCAGAUGCAAAUAGAAGGUGAUUUGUCAGUGUGCUAUCUUUGUGUAUUUAUCCUAUCAGAUUUUUAAUUUCUCUUUUCAGACAUAUAGAAAGGAAAAAAACUGAUUAAAAAAAAAAGAACAAAAAAAGGAAGUUUAUGAUGAAAACUUUGGAGCUUGUGGUUUUGAGUUUCCUAUUUUACUGGAUUCCUGUUGGCGACUUAACCAUUAAAGAGGAGAUUUGACGUGUAUGUAUACAACUUGUACUUGCUCUAUUUUAUUAUCUUAAUUUCACUAUUUAUCUAUUUUUAA